CCCAACGUUACCAUACGAACCCAUCAUUAUUAGGCCACCCCUCGAAGAUCAACUUAUUUACGAAAAUAGACCCCACAAAUCCUAUCGUCCGGACAAUAAAAAGGUCCCUUUUUCCUCCUCCUCUAUUCUCCUUCUCUCCUCUCUCUCUCUCUCUUUUUAAUUCGGAAGAGAGAGGGCGAACCGAUCAGCGAACUUUUGAACGAAUUCUUGCUGAGUUAUGCCGACGACGGAUCAGACCGUGAUUAGCUUGAGACCAGGCGGCGGCGGCGGUAAUCGGACCAGAAUCAGUCACCGCUUUGAUUCCCCGGCGUUCAGCGCUCUGACUGGUUCCUCAUCGUCUUCGCAGUCCGAUCUUACCGCGCUCCGGCCGCAUGGCGGUGGCGGGACUUCGGCAGGUUUUAAGAGUGGAGACUCAAGAUUUGAUGGAGGAGAGCGCGUUCGAUAUACAAGGGAUCAGCUUUUACAACUCAGAGAGGUUGUUGAGGUGCCGGAAGAUAUUUUGAAAAUCAAACAAGAUAUUGAUGUUGAGCUUUUUGGUGAAGAGCAAACUUGGGGCCGUGCUGAUAGCAAUGUUCCAAUUCAAUCACAAGGCCGCCAUUAUGAGCCUGACAAUCGUGAUUGGCGUGAUCGUCCCAGACAACCGGGUGCGGAGGAGAGGUCUUGGGUUCAUGACCGUGACAAUAAAGCACAGGAUUUCAACCAGGAUCAAUAUCCUUCAAGAGCUCAAAUUCCUUCCUCUCAAGCGGGUGGACCUGCUCCUGCUUUAAUUAAAGCUGAAGUUCCAUGGUCUGCUCGAAGAGGCACUCUCUCGGAUAAAGAUCGGGUUCUGAAAUCAGUUAAAGGAAUAUUGAACAAGUUGACACCUGAGAAAUUUGAUAUUCUGAAGGGUCAACUUAUUGAUGCAGGAAUAACGACGCCUGAUAUUCUGAAGGAUGUCAUUACGCUCAUAUUUGACAAGGCAGUAUUGGAGCCUACUUUCUGCCCCAUGUAUGCACUGUUGUGCUCUGAUCUGAAUGAAAAACUCCCUCUAUUUCCCUCUGAAGAGGCAGGCGGAAAAGAAAUCACUUUUAAGCGUAUACUUCUGAACAAUUGUCAGGAGGCCUUUGAAGGUGCUGAUAAUCUAAGGGCUGAGAUAGGUAAAUUAACUGGCCCAGAUCAGGAAAUGGAGCGCAGGGAUAAAGAGAGAUUGGUAAAGCUCCGCACCCUUGGUAACAUUCGUCUUAUUGGCGAGCUUCUAAAGCAAAAGAUGGUGCCAGAAAAACUAGUUCAUCAUAUUGUUCAGGAGUUACUUGGGCAUGAUGGAAAAACUUGCCCAGCUGAGGAAAAUGUUGAGGCAAUCUGUCAGUUCUUUAACACAAUUGGUAAGCAAUUGGAUGAAAGCCCCAAAUCUCGUCGGUUUAAUGAUGCCUACUUCAACCGGUUGAAGGAGCUCGCAAAGAACCCAGAACUUGCGGCACGUUUAAAGUUCAUGGUUCGUGAUGUACUAGAUCUCCGUGCCAACAAGUGGGUCCCACGGCGUGAAGAGAUUAAAGCCAAGACCAUCUCUGAAAUCCACAGUGAAGCAGAGAAGAACCUCGGACUUCGUCCAGGAACAAUGAGAAAUGGCGGUCGUGGUGCAGGUGCAAUAGGAGGCCCUCUCAGCCCCAGUGGCUUCCCUCUGAACCGUCCAGGCACAGGAGGCAUGAUUCUGGACAUGCCCGCUGAAGUUGCGAAAAUGCCAGGCAUGCCUGGCCUUGAUUAUGAUAUGGAAGUUCGCCGAUCUAAAUCAAACCUCAAAGCCGCCACUUUGGUUGGAAAAGCAUCACCUAUAAACUCUAAGCUUUUGCCUCAAGGCAGCGGUGGCCUUAUCAGCGGUAGAAGUAGUGCAUUGUUAGGCAGUGGGGCCUCUCGCCCUUCAGAGACUCAACCUCAAAGUACUAUGAAGCCUCUUGGACCAGUGACUCCAGUGGUCACUGAGAAACCUGCGACAAUUGCACCAAGGGUGAACCCUGCUGAGCUUCACAAGAAGACAAUCUCACUUCUACAGGAAUAUUUCCAUGUCCGAAUCCUAGACGAGGCAGCACAAUGCAUAGAGGAGCUAAAGAGUCCAGAAUACCACCCUGAGGUUGUCAAAGAAGCCAUCAACCUCGCUCUUGAUAAGGGUUACGCUUGUGUCGAAUUGGUGAUCAAUCUUUUAGACUUCUUGCUCGCAAAGAAAAUUUUGACCCCACGAGACUUGGGGACUGGCUGUUUGCUUUAUGGGUCGAUGAUGGAUGAUAUUGCCAUUGACUUGCCGAAUGCACCGAAACAUUUUGGUGAGGUUGUUGGUAAGCUCAUUGUUUCUGGUGGGCUGAGCUUCAAGGUAGUCGAGGAGAUCUUGAAGAAGGUGGAGGAUUCUAUGUUUCGAUCUGCAAUGUUUGAUUCGGUCAUGAUGACCGUUGAAGGUAGCUCGGCGGAUAUUUUGAAAGGGCAGGCGGCAGAUGUUAAGACUUGCCAAAGCCUUGUUUCUUGAUCUUUUGUAGGAUUGCCGUGCUCCCUGUAACGUUAUGAGGAGACUACUUCCUGGUUUUGAUGUUAGUUUUAAGUUGGUUCUUUUCAUUUCAUGAGUUGAGUUGAGUUUGUGAUGGAAUUAGGUUGUCUUAAAUGGACAUGUGAGGAACAGUAUAAUUUUAUGAGCUGUAUAUUCCUGCGAGAUGAUAUGAAUAUUUAUUAUUGAUUUAAGACUAAUUUUGAAAAAAAGUGCUCUUGGGUUUUUGGCCUUGAGCUACUUCAUGUUCUUCUUGAA